CUGUUUGAUAUUACCUCCAGCCCUGGAGGUAAUAAAACAUAGCGCCUGUGUCAUCCACAUGUGAUUUGAUAAAUGAGCUCACCUUUCCAUGAGCUUUGUUUCCAGUUGCUCUAUUUAAUGAGAAAUAUGCUUCACUACACUUGACUCAUUUGCUUGUACUCCCAGCUCUGCCAUCAUAUAUAAAGGCAUGGGCCUCACUAACUCACAUUCUGGCUCCUGGGGAUAUCAUUAGGGUACUUGUUCAACAGGUAGAAAGCCACAUAUCACGUACGGGAGCAGUGUGAGGCUUCCCACUUUACACAUUUUACCAGUCCUCGGAAAGGGGUUGGAAGAAUAUGGAGAAUGCAAGCUAAGUUUAUUACCAAAGUUUAUUGUAUCACCGCCUGGAAGCACUUGCAAUUAAUAGUGGAAUUAAAUUUUUUCCAAUAAAUUAAUGCAAAUAAAAACUAAGGGAGCAUUCCAAACCCAAGAACUGCCAAACUGCAGUUUGGAAAAGGUGUAUCUGUGGUUGAGCAACAGAGGUCCCUCAUCUCUGCUCAGCUGGAGAGACACUGGCAUCAGCCAAGGCUUGGGUAUGUCCCCCAAAGAGGUGUUCUGGGAAAGUGAAGAUGGAAAUGGGGAGGGGGGAACUUGCCCCUAUUCCAAACUCUGCUCAGCUCAGGCACAUGACCUGGUAACCCAGUGGAAGAUACACUCACAAAAUGAGUGGUGUAACAGUUGUUUUCUCUCCGUCAGGCUCAAGUUGGCCCGGACAUCAGUAGCCCCAUUCCUCAAUGGAGUUUGAAACAGAGGUAAGUUACAGCAGCAUCAUUUACCCCGUCAUAUAUUACAGCAGCUUCCUAUAGUUUGGAUUGCUCUUAUCCAUUAUGUUCCCCAUGCAAACACACAUUUGGUUUUGCUAGACUGACUAUUGAUCCAUCUACCUAUAAGAUGUCUUGCCCAGUCUUCAUAAUAAGGUCCCACCAUAAGUGUUACAGCAAUAAAACACGUAAUUAUGAAAAAAGACAAAAGCAUUAAAAUUGCAUCACAAGCAAAACCCUCCCAAAUGGAGCAUGAUAAUAUCAAUUCAAUAGAAAAUGUGGGUCCAACAAAACAAAAAACCCUGUCAACACUCCAACUGAUAAUAUGAUCGCCAUCUUUGAAUGCCUGAAGGGAUUCAAUAUGACCUUAACCGGGGUAGGCAACCUAAGGCCCGGGAGCCAGAUGCGGCCCAAUCGCCUUCUCUAUCCAGACUGCAGACGGUCCGGGAAUCAGCGUGUUUUUACAUGAGUAGAAUGUGUCCUUUUAUUUAAAAUGCAUCUCUGGGUUAUUUGUGGGGGCUGCCUGGUGUUUUUACAUGAGUAUAAUGUGUGCUUUUAUGUAAAAUGUAUCUCUGGGUUAUUUCUGGGGCAUAGGAAUUCGGUUUUUUUUUUUUCCUUUUCAAAAUAUAGUCCGGACCACCACAUGGUCUGAGCGAUGGUGGACCGGCCCAUGGUUAAAAAAGGUUGCUGACCCCUGGUUUAUUUCAAAUCUUGCUCACUCAUUCCUUUGGAACUGGCAGCUGGGGUGUUUAUUUCCACAUUCUGUAUCCAAUCUUUGCAUAAGCUAACAUCUAACAAAAAAGUGUCUUUUAAAAGUUGCAGAAUCAUACUGGUAUUUGAAUGCAUACUGCCUCCAAGCAGUUGCCAAAUGUUCCAAACGACCAGUACCCUGGAGUUAUGAUUGGUGUUCUUCUGAGCGUUCAAAGCAAGCUGCAUUCUAACUGCCUCAGAACUCCAAGGAGCAGUUGCUACGGUGCUCAGACCAGCUUCACUCUUUUCAGGUCCUCUCCUAGAUCAGACACUGGAAGAGAAAGACCUGGAAAAAGCCCUCGCUCUGGAAAAAGACUGGUUGAAGAACUGAUUCACACAGGUGCAUAUAUGCAGCACUCCUCAGUUCCCCACCAACAUAGCAGAGUUUUCUCAGAUAGGAACAAAUUGACUUUUAUUUCCUUUUGUCCUGUCUGAGAGCCACUUGGUAGGCUUUUCACAAUGUGUGUGUGUGUGUGUGUGUGAGAGAGAGAGAGAGAGAGAGAGAGAGAGAGAGAAUGAGGACUAAAGCCAGAAGGGAUUCUUUCCUGAAUAGGAGCUGUAUUGGUCUGUUGCACCAACUUUCUUUCAAGGGUAGAAUGCAUAACUUUGGUGGGAUCAUGCCUGACAUUUUACCAAUGGAGAGGGAAGGGAGGGGAGCAUAGGAAUGCAGAGGAGGAGUGGACUAGACAAGAGCCCAAUUAUCUGCAUGGAGGGGGUCCCUAGAACAAAAGGGGUUGUGCCGUUGUGCAAUUUCUUCACCCCUGGGGAAGUCUGAUUCCUGGCACUUAUGAUUGCAGGUACAGCAGACUUUUCCAUUCCUACAUCUCAUGGUGGGAAGUGCAGAAUUUGCCCUAGAAGGAUGGCAUUGUUUUAGCUGCACAUCACUAUUUGCUCAAACUUUAGGAGGUGUCCAUAUGAUACUGUGCCUAAGUAUCUAACAGUUAUCUUUUGUCUGUCUUUUUCUCCAGCAUGCCUUCUAUCGCCAGCCUUCUGAGCGCUAAAGCGGAACUUCCACCCCAGCCGCAUGAUGGGUCCUUCCCAGUCCGCCUCUUGUGCAGGGUGUCCUGCGUGCAACUAGCUGCCUUUCUCCUGGCUGUCCUGGGCUGCCUAAUGAGCAUCUGCUCCACAUCUGCCAACCUUGACUGGAGAGUGUGGCAAGUAGACAGAAUCAUGGGCAGCAACCAGCAGGGCAUUGUGGGCAGUGGCAUCUGGGGUGCCUGUUCUAUAAGAAGAGUUACUAUGAAGAAAACUAACAUGAUAUGCAUACCAUUCAGUGAGGAGGAGUCCCUACCGCCUGAAAUCAUCGUGGCCCAGGACUUGAUGCCAAUGGCCUCAGUGGCCACUGCGCUGACCGUUCUUUGGAUGGCCUUUGCUCUAUGCAACAUCUUUGAGCCAGGAAAUGACGAAAAUUUCAUUGAUACCUUCUUUUCAAUUGGAGGAAGGAUAGAGUUGGCAGCGGGUACUUGUGUACUGAUUUCCAUUUUAUGGAAUCUUCAUUCCGUAUUAACAAACAAAGGCAUUCCGCUUCCGGAGGUUUUGGGAGUGCCUCUGAUUCCCACAGAACAACGUGCUGGAAUGGCCAUCUAUAUUGGGUUUCUUGCUGCAGCUUCGCAGCUGUUAAGCGGAACUCUGGUUCUGGGUGAAAAAUAUUUUUGGAAAAGGAGUGAAAUAAACACUUCCAAGCCAAAAUUUGUAAAUGACCCAGAAAGUGUUACAGACACCGAAAACCCAAAGCUGAGGAUGAAAUACAGACCGUACUUCUCUUCUGUGACACUUGAAUGUGAAGAAGAAAACCCCCUAUCUGGCGGAGAUGUCAAAGUCAUAUUAAAACGGAAACCAUGCCAAGCUCACUAGCAAUAUGGCUAACGAAUGGUUCCCAUCCUGUGACUGGCUUUUUUUAAAUUGAAGCAGUGGACGUUGUCUAUAUUUUCUUAUGCAUAUUCUGUUUUUUUAAAAAACUGAAUGCUUCUGGGAUGCUUACAACAUAGUGUUAACUAUAAAUGGGGGAA